UGCUGCUAGCACAUACAAAACAGAGUUCUUCAGACUGACCGUUGAGACCCCUGAUUUUGGCCGGACCACCGCGCAUAGUGUCAAAUUCCAAUUUUGUUUCCUUCCACUUCGACACAUGGCUUUUGAAGGCAAAAAACACUAUCACCACACUCACUUUUAAAUCCUUCCACUCCUCUCACUCCAAAUCCCCGACUUCACGAACCCAGAAAGACACUGCUAUAACAGUUCUUUAUCUUCAACUCCUUUUUUCUUUUUCUACCUUUUGAAGAUUUGCCAUCAAUUUUGCUCACAAUUUACAAACACAAUCCAGAAGAAGGGAAAGAGGUGCACACAGAUACAUACAGCUAAGCUGAGUUACAAGUGGUGGUAGUGGUUAAGAGUCAUUGAGCUGCAACUUGCAAAACAGUGAGAAAGAUCUAAAACGAGUAACCGUACAAAAUGUGAGCCACUCUCCUUCUCACACUCUACGCUCUCUCUUUCUGCCUCCUCUGAUAACCACGUGGGUUUUGAGAAAUGCCAGCUACAAUGCCAUUGUCACCUGCGGCAACACCUACAAAGAACAAAUUUUGUCCCUUUUCUCGAUCCAUUUCCAAUAUAAACCCCCCUCCCUCUGCUCUGAUCAGUUGCAGUUCUGUAUUUGCAUUGCAGAGUGGUCGGUGAUCGGUCGUGUCUGUCAAAAAAACCCUAAGAGUCUUGAAGGAAGCGUUUUGAGACCAAGUUGCUCACUUUUCUGUCUGCAAUGGCUGAGGCAAACAAAGACCGGGUUUCCCAACCCAACAACAACGCCAUGCAAAACAACAACGCCGAUUCUGUGAACCCAGAACUCAACCUGGGGCUCUCUCUUGGAGAAAUCUACACUGAAAAUCCCAACGAGAACCCUCUGGCUCGGUCUUCAACGAUGGCUGGAUUCUUAAAACCCAAAACGACGCCGGAGGAGGAAAGGGUGGCUGCUCCUCUUCUUUCAGUAGAGCUGCCAAGGUCUAGCUCUGUUCCGGAAAGGACAGGGCAGCGGAUGAUUAGGCACAAGGACAUACUGGCGUUAAGAAGAAUGGAGAGAAAGAAGAGGUUGGCACAGAAGCUGAGGAAAGAAGAAUUAGCUGCUUCUUUGCUAGAGAAGACUAGCCCUCCGGCAGCACAGGCAUCGCAGCCGCCUGAAGCCAACGCCACCAGGCCCUUCAGCACCGUUUUUAAGUUCGAACUCAAAGCAGAGGGAUAUAUCACUGUGUCUGAUGCUCCAAACGGAGCAGGAUGUUUUGAGACAUUCCCUUCGGGUAGUGACAUCAAGCCGGUGGUCACCUCUUCAAAAGUGGCCACUUUAGAACAUGUCAACCCUGCACAAAAUGCCAUGGAAAAUCCCUCAAAGGCGGCUAGAUUUUCCAAUGCUGUUGUGCAGAAGGAGGAGCUGACAUCCAAAAUGCCUUCUGUGAGAACCUUCGGAGCAGAUGGGAGGAAGACCGAGGGGGUUCUAUACAAGUAUGGACAAGGCCAGGUCGGCAUUUUGUGUGCUUGCCACGGCAGUUUUCUCUCCCCAGCCGAAUUUGUCAAGCAUGCUGGUGGAAAUGAAGUGGCAAACCCCCUGAGGCACAUCAUUAUCUGCUCAACUCCAUCUGAUGAUUAGGUCAACGGUGGUGGCUCUGUCGCCCCAUUGUAAUUUUAAUUGAUAAUUGAACACCUUGAUAUUUUUAUAGUGAAAGUUUACUCUGAUUAUUAUA